AACAUUCGCCAUGAACAUAGCAACUUCAUUAAAGCAAUGUUGUGACUUGGCAAUAGUAUUCGCUCUAAAAAGAAAACAUAUUUAUGCAACGGUAUCUGCAGCAAACGCUGAAUCGGCAAUGAAAACUUUCGCACAGCUCAUUGAAGCCAACUGGAGGUAUGAUAUCUCAACCGUUGCAUCGAAUAAUCUGCACAUAAAAAGAUGGAAUAAAAUAACCAUCAUACCCUUAGCCAAAGACUUGAAACUGAUGAAAAAUUACCUGACUACUGAAGCUGAUAAAGCCAAACAAAAGUUAAGUAGUGAAAAUGAAAACAAAUCGGCAUACAAAGUUUUAACUGAAACUGUCUAUUGUAGGGUGUUAUUACUUAAUAGAAAGAGGCCAGGAGAAUUACAGAGACUAUUAAUCGAUUUAUAUAAUCAAUCAUCCAAAAGACAAAAUUAUGAAGAAUUUUCCGAUGCUAUUUCACCUACGGAAAAAAUUUUAAUGAAUCGAUUCAAGAGAAUUGUUAUAAGAGGAAAGAGAAAUCGCGGCGUUCCUGUCCUAUUCAGCACAGAAGUUCAGAAAGACAUCUCAAUAAUGAAUGAAAUAAGACACAAAUAUGUCAGAGAGGAAAACAGAUUUUUAUUCGCCCUUCCUGACAGCGAUUCACAUAUCGUGGGUUAUAAGGUUCUGGCGAAAUAUGCAAAAGCCUGUGGGGCAGAAAGACACGAUGCACUUACAUCUACGAGACUAAGGAAGCACCUAGCCACCCUAUCACAGAUAUUCAGCAUGACAGAUUCGGACUUGGAGCAAUUAUCAACAUUUAUGGGACACACUCCUGGAACCCAUAAGAAUUCUUAUAGAUUGCCUGAUGACGUUUACCAAUCAUCUAAAAUUGUGAAAAUUUUGCUCCUCAUGGAACAAGGUACAUCUGCUUCUUUCAAAGGGAAAACUCUUGAUGAAAUCGAAGUUGAUUUGGAACAGAACCUAGAAGAUGAACUAGAACCAGAUGAAGAUGCCAUUCCAAGCGAUGUGAAUGAUGAUAGUAAUAUGGACUACGAAACACUUGAAAGGAGUAGUAGGCAGAUUAACAUUGAAAGAAGAGAAGAAUCUGAGAACGAAAACCAGAAGGAUGAGGUUCUGAAAAGAAAGAAUAAGAGAAAAAACAACAAAAUUCAAAGAACGCCGUGGACAGAGGAACAGAAGAAGGUUGUUAAAGAAUUUUUCCAAACCAAUAUCCGAAAUAAAGUAGAUACCACCCAAAAGAAUCGAGUGUGAAAAACUCAUAAGCCAGAAUAAUGAAUUAUUGAAGAACAAGGACUGGCUUAAAAUUAAGGUUUUCAUACAGAAUGUAUAUACCCUUAAAUGUAAGGGUUAAAAUUGAAAAAUUGUAUCAAUUUCAAUAGUUUUUUCUUGAAUAAAGGUUCACGAAUA